UUGGGUUCCUUGCAUCGUCUUUCCCUGGGAAGGGAAGGAGGGCGAGGAGCUGGAAGGCGAGGAGCAGCCCUUGGCAUGGAGCAGCCGGGGCCAGCCUUGAGCCCAAGAGGCAGCAGCCAGGCUCCCCUCGACGGCUGCGGGGCCAAUCUCGGCCUUCCCAGACUCUAAAGCCCAUCAUCCCCAGCCCCUGGGGUCCGCCUAGCCAUGGGCUCCCGGCAGCAGGAGGCCAAAGGGCCAAGGAUGCUGGGUCUGGGAGUCCUUCGACGGGGCGUGCCUUCUCCUCCGAUAGAGGAUCGCGAAGCCUCGCAGCUUUACCGCUUGCCCUGCAGGCCGCAGUCUCCUCCGGUGGCCCAGCUGGCAGCGCUCCUGGCCCGCAGCCUCCUCCAAAGCGCUCCGGCUUCGACGGGGCGUCCCUGGGCCCCGAAGAGAACCCUGGAGGAAAGCGAAGCCUCGCAGCUCUGCCGCUUGGCCUGCAGCCUGGAAGCCCAGCCUUUGGGAGACUUGGGCGAGGCAGCCCAGGGCCUGGCACUCCCGGCCUCGACGGGGCGUCCCUCGAGGAGGACCAUGGAGGAAAGCAAAGCCUUGCAGCCAUCCCAGUUGGCCAGCAGCCUGGAGCCUGACAAGGACUUGGGCGAAGUGGCCCAGAGCCUGGCGUCAGGCCCCUUCCUCCCUGGCACGAGACCUUCCGCCUCGACGGGGCACCGUCCAGCCUCGAUGGAGGAGAGCAAAGCCUUGCAGCUUUACCAGUUGGCCUGCAGCCUGAAGCCUGACCUGGUAGAGGUGGCACCGAGCCUGGCACCAAACCUCCUCGGUGGGCAAAGCGCUUCAGCCUCGACGGGGCGGGAGGCUUCCUUCUGGGCCUGCGGGAGAUGCCAGGGCUUCCUCUGGGAGCCGGUCUCGCUCCUCUGCGGCCACACUUUCUGCAAGAAGUGCCUGGAGAAGGACCAAGAAAGGCCCCAGGAGGGGAAGCCCUCGAGGCUCCACUGGAGAGGCUGCGUCCUCUGCCCCGGACCCGAGGGAGCCCCCGCCAGCCCCCUCCGGGUCAACGUCCUCCUCAGCGGCCUCUUGGCCAAAGGAUGCCCCCGACGAUCUCAGGCCGCCCGCCUCCGCCACGAAGGACGCCGGCUCCGACGGGAGAAGAAGCUCCACGACGCUCUCCGCAAGUACGACCAAGGCCUCCGCCUCGCUCCCAACGAUCAUUUGUUAUAUAGCAACCGGUCCCGGAUUAAUUCUACUUUGAAAUGCUGCAAAGAAGCCUUGCGUGAUGCAGAAAUGGCCUGCAGGCUCCAGCCAUACUGGGCAAAGGGUCAUUUACGGAAGGGACAGGCCCUCGCUAACCUUGGGAAAACUGAGGAAGCUUUACAUGAAUUUUUAUUUUGCCUUGUUUUGGAUAGUGGCAAUAGAAAGGCCAAAUCGGAAGCUCAAAGGCUUCUCCUUAAUUUAUUUUCACGUAUGCCGGGAAAAGCUCAGGAAAACUUGCCUGACAUCCUGCAGCAGUUAUCCCAGCAUUCUAGAUUAAAAGGGAAUCUUUUCAAAGCAGAGGGAUCUCAAGGCUCCGUCUACAGCCUACAAGGUUUACUCAAGGGAAAUGUAGAUAAAGAUAAGAACAUCUCUUUCCAGGAAGAUCAGAAAAUAAUGGACUCUGAAAGCUUGGGGAAAUCCACCCAGGUAACAAAAAACCCAAAAGAAGACUUAGAUGAGAACAGGCACACCAUCUCAGGCGAAGAAUCUGUCCUCCUCAUCUCUGAGAAAUGCAUAUUUCUAAAACGAAAGCACUACUCUGAAGAUGCCCCAGACAUUGACCCACCUUGCAAACUGGCGAAAAGGGAUACAGGUGUUGACAAGGGAUCUGAUCUUGGGAACGGUGUUGAGUUUCAGCUUGUGGAUCCAUCUGACCUGGAGUGCUCUUUAUGCAUGAGACUCUUCUAUGAACCUGUCACCACCCCUUGUGGUCACACUUUUUGCCUGAAAUGCCUUGAAAGAUGCCUGGAUCAUAACCCCAAAUGUCCCCUCUGCAAGGAGGGGCUCGCGGAGUGCUUGGCAAUGAGGAAACUGUGUAAGACGGUGCUGAUGGAGGAAAUAAUUGCAAGGUACCUUCCAGAGCAGCUCAGAGAACGGAGGAAGGUCUACGAAGAAGAAAUGGCAGAACUUUCCAAUUUAAACAAGAAUGUGCCCAUAUUUGUCUGCACGAUGGCAUAUCCCACUGUCCCAUGCCCACUGCACAUCUUUGAGCCAUGUUAUCGUCUGAUGAUCCGGAGGUGCAUGGAGACUGGAACCAAGCAGUUUGGAAUGUGCAUUGGGGACUCUGUCAAGGGGUUUGCAGAUUAUGGCUGCAUCUUGGAGAUCAGAAAUGUUGACUUCUUUGCCGAUGGCCGGUCCGUGGUUGACAGCAUUGGCAAGAGGAGGUUUAAAGUGAUCCAGCACAGCCAGCGUGAUGGAUACAACACUGCAGACAUUGAGUACAUUGAAGAUCAACCAGUGCAAGGAGAGGAAUAUGCUGAGCUGAUUGUUCUACAUGAUUCUGUAUAUGUUCAAGCCUACACGUGGUUUGAUUCUCUCAAGCCAGCGCUCAAGAGUCGUAUCCUCAGCCACUUUGGUCCGAUGCCGGCUAAGGAUUUGGAUCCACAGGCCAGUCCUAAUGGACCCUCCUGGUGCUGGUGGAUACUAGCUGUUUUACCGCUUGAGAGCAGAGCCCAGCUCCCAUUUCUUGCCAUGACGUCCCUGAAAGACCGCCUUAAUGGCAUCAAGCGCAUCCUGGCCUUCAUGUCCCGUUCGAGAUCUCGACGAUGAUGAUGAUGAUGAUAAUGAUGACCUCAAGAGUUUCUGUGAAUCACCUUGCAAUACUUGAGUGCUUGAGCAUCACUCUGCUAGUUGCCACUGCUUCCCUAUAGCAGGCCUUUUCAACUUCUCUCCUUCUCCAUCUCACUGUUUCUAAUCCUUGGUUGGCUGUGCAGAAAACAACAGCCCUUCAAAAGAGAACAGAGGAGGCAUUUGUAAUACAAAUUAACCUUUUGCUUGCUGGAGAUCUUACAUUCUGUUUACCAAGUAAAGUACAGUAAGAGACCAAUUUUUGCCUUCUAUGUGUGAAAGUAUAUUGCCCUAUCUAUUCAACCUGCAUGCAGAAAAUAUCGUACACAGAGCAGGCUUAGACUCAGAGGCAGGAGGAGUGAAGAUUGGAGGAAGGAACAUUAACAAUGUAAGAUAUACAGACAACACAGUACUACUGGUACCAAUAAGGACCUGAAGCAAUUACUGAAGAAGGUCAAGGAGGAAAGUGCCAAGGAAGGCUUAAUGGUGAACAUUUAUGAAAACAAAAAUAAGUGCCACAGAGGAUCUACGAAAAUUUACCCUAAAUAAUGAGAAAAUUGAAACAUUGGAAGAGUUCCCAUACCUGGGAUCAAAUAUUGGUCAGAAUGGAGAAUGCAGUUAAGAAAUUAGAAGAAACCUAGGGUUGGGAAGGGCAGCUGUGAAAGCACUGGACAAAAUCCUAAAGUGUAAAGAUAUAACUCUGAACACACUAAAGUGAGGAUCAUCCAAGCCAUCAUAUUUUCCAUCACCACGUAUGGAAGUGAGAAAUGGGCAAUGAAGAAAGUCAACAAAGAGAAGCUCAACUCAUUUGUGAUGUGGAGCUGGAGAAGAAUGCUGAGGAUACCAUGGCCAGCCAGGAGGAAAACAAAUUGGUUCUAGAACAGAUCAAACCCAAACUCUCCCUGGAAGCCAGGAUGACUAAACUGAGGCUGUUGUACUUUGGCACAUUAUGAGAAGGCAUGAAUCAUUGGAAAAGAUAAUGAUCCUAGGAAAGGUAGAGGGAAGUCGAAAGAGAAGAAGACCACAUGCCAGAUGAUUGGACUCAACCCGAAAGGCCAUGGGUCUGAGCCUACAGGACCUAAGCAAAGCAGUGGAGGUCUUGGAGAUAUCCACAGGGUCACCAUAAGGUUGACUUGAGGGCAGUUAGCGACAACAACAACAUGUGAAAGAGCUCUACAUCUAGCUGCAGUAAUGUUUGAUGAGAAGUCUUUUGCAGAAGGAAAUGGUUGCAGCUUGGUAUGUCUGCACAACGAACAUCAGACUAAUCCUUCAAUAGAAACUGGGAUGUAUGCAGCCCCAAACAUGUUUACUCAGAAGCAAAUCCCAGAAAAUUCAGUGGGUCUACACUUUUGUAUGAUUCUGCUUCAGGCUGCAGCCUUAAUGUUCUUGAUUUGGUUCUUCAACUGCUGCACUGUUUGAAACAAAAUACCGAAGUGUUUAUAUAUGUGCAUGUUUUCUGUUUCAUGAACACUGACAAAUGAAAAUGAAUACAUUGCAAAAGUGAACAAAAUGGAAGUGAACAUAAUUACUAUAAAAGUUUUUUAACAGAUUUUUUAAAUUUAGUUUUUGGAGAAAGCUGCAUUGAAAUCACUCUGGUGUAAUGUGAAGCUGAAAUACUACAAAUAUCACUGCAUUUCAGUGAACUGAUAAAGUCUUAUUCCAAAGGGUUUUGGUUUUUAUAUAACUUUGUAUAACCAUGUUCAGAUGUUUGGUUGGCUAUUUUAUUUUAUUGCACUAACAUUUUGGUUACCUGGUUUUCAGCUGUAAAUAGAAGCACAACCCUAUGCAUAUUUAUUAAAAAGUAAACUCCAUUGCAUUCAAUGGCACUUACUCAUGAGCAAACAAAAAACUUUUUGCUGUUGUGUGCCAACUUAUGGUAACCCUUAAGUGAACCUAUCAUGGGUUUUUCUGAGCCUGAGAGUGCAUGACUUGCCCAACCACAAUACCAAAAACUUUAGGUUAAUAAUUUUAAGAUUAUUUAUUCUCGCUAUCAAGAGCCACAGUUUACCAGUGCAAGUCUUGCCUUGUUUCGCUAUGUUCUGCAAACUUAUUGGUUUGCAUCAUGUUAGUUAGUCUCAACUAGAGUUGAACAAUUACGAGUCAACAAGUAGAUUAAUCUAACAGAUUCAAUAAGCGUACUCCGGUCAAGAAUAAAAAAGGAUUUGGAUCAUUGGCUGUUUAUGGACAGUGAUGGAAGCUGAGUGGGAAAUGCUUUCUCUGUCAUAUCAGUCCUGUAACAGAUCUCUAAGGCUGGAAAUGUAAGUGAUGCUAAAUCCUUCCUUGUGAACCUUUGAAGGAAAUGGCCUAGUGUAGAUAUAGGAAGGCCACCCAUGACUCCCAUAUGUCAACUCCCAGAAGCCCAGAAAGCAUGGCCAAAGGCCAGGGAUUCUUGAGUUGAAGUCAAAAAUAUCUAGAGGACCAAGAAGCUAUGCUUCUUUACUGUUCUUUCCCCUCAAAUUUAAGCAAGUACUGCAUUGAAAACAUGUGAUGUAGUUCAAAGGGAAAUUGAAUUACCCUCUUUUUAUAAGCCUAGUAUAAGACUAUUCAUAUACCAAGUUUUAUUUCUAUGACCAAAAAAAGCUGCAGAGGAUGACAUUACCAGCUUUUUGUAAAAAUUUUGAUCAACUCACAAUUUGCUUUUAAAUUGGUAAUAUAAAGAUCUUGUAUUUUAUAUGUACUGAAGAUGUCUUCCUAUUGUCUUUCUAGACACAUGUUUCUUAAAUUUGUUAUCCAUAAAAAUAGGAGUUUGUUACAGUGAAACCAGAUGUCCACACAGGAGGGAAGAGAAUUAUUUGCUGCAGCAAAUGGGUGCCAGUGGUCUAAUGACACAAAGGGAAGAAACAGGCAUACAUACAUACAUACAUACAUACUUUUCAACAUGGCAAUCACAAAACAUCCUAUCUCUAAGUAGGUAUAGAGUCACCAAUUAGCAGGUUACAUUUCUAGAGCAUCCUAAAUGGGUCACAUAAUGCUAUCCCAUAAGAAUCUUGCAUUGCCAUGUUGUGCUAGGCACCAGCCAUUUCAGGCGCUGGGUAUUGUGGGUCCCAUCUGGGUCUGCCAUGUUUGUAUUAGGCCUCAUAGUUUAGCCCCACCACCCCCUUCUUGCUUUCCAUUUCUCUGCUUCUCUGUCAGGAUGACAUUAACGUAGGGUUGCCAUACGUCCGGACCUCCAAACCAGGAAAAAUGUAGGACAAAUUUUUCAAAUGUAGGACACUUUUUUGUGUGUCCUACAUUUGAAUGGGAGCCUCGCUGAGGGGAGGCUUUCCCUUGCCGCCUGGGCCCCGGGCCUCGCCGCGAUUGCAGCAGGGAGCGGAGCCCAAGCGGCGAGGGAAUCCUCCUCUCAGGGAGGCUUUCCCUCGCUCCCUGGGCCCCGGGCCUUGCCGCAAUCACGGCGGGGAGCAGAGCCCAAGCGGCGAGGGAAAGCCUCCUUCAGCUUGCCAUAUCCUGCCCAGGGGCGGUGGCAAUCCCGAGGGCGGGAGCAAAAUGGGGCGGGACAGUGUGGACCCGCCCCAAACCGGGAAAGUCCCGCCCCCAGGCGGGAUAUGGCAAGCCUACAUUAACGGGGUCAUUGGCUUUCUCUUAGUAAACUAGUAAACUUGCUUAGUAAAUUUGGGGUUAUUCAGACAGUGAAAAUGAUCUGGGUUAAAUCUGGCUUGAAUCUUUGUUGUCCAGAUGCAUUUCAAAUGCAUCCAAAUUGGGGAAAGCUGCCAAAAAACCCACUUAACCCAGGAUAAUCAAUAUCAGGGGUUUUCCUGGGUUUUUAAAAAAGAUUUGCAUUAUCGGCAGUGUGAAUAAUUGAUGCAAAUAGACCCAGGAUAAAAAGGAAUAAAACUCUGCAUGCCUUGAAUGUGUUUCAAAUACAUUCGCAUUGUCAACUCCAUCAUUAUUUGUGAGCAUUUGAAUUUGCAGAGAUGCACAGAGAUGUAAAUAUAUUUUACUACAGAGCUUGGGUCGGUUCUUUUUCUUGGCUGUAGCUCCCAUGGUUAAACAACUGUCCAUGCUUGCUUUCAGGUUUGGGGAGCUGUAGUCCAAAAAAACCAAACUUUUCCAAGUUCUGUAAAUGUUUGAAACCCAGGGUGCAUCUACAUGCAGAAAUGAUGCAGUUUGACACCACUUUAACUGGCAUGGCUCCAUCCUAAAGAACCUUGGGAUUCUGAACCUUGGAGACCUGGGAUCGAUUCCCUGCUCAGCCAUGGAAACCCGCUGGGUGGCACUGGGCAAGCCACAGCCCCAGAAAAAAAAGUGAUAGGGUUGCCCUCGGCUCGGGUAGCCAUAAAUCGGAAGUGACUUGAAGGCACACAACAACAACAUAGCACCAGCAUUCUUUGCAACAAGGCUACGGAGCUUAUAAAACUACAAAUCCCAUAGAUGGAGAUAUAGCACUUAAAGUGAUAUCAAACUGCAUUAUUUCUACAGUGUAGUUGCACCGCAAGUCACUAAAGACUGCAAAAUUAUAGCAAUUGGCAAAUUAAAUGCCCAUUCUCCUAAACAAAAUACUGUGCAAAAUUAUGAGACUAUCUCUGCAAAUUUGUCUCAGAUACCAGUUCAGGCUGUAUGAUAGUUCAAUAAAAAGUGAGCUUUUGUAGCUGAAAAUUAGUAGAUUAAAAACUACAAAGCUUGCAUAAUUCUCUUGGAUUCCUUUGUAAUUAAUAGUAUUUACAGUACCUGCAAGUUUUCAUAAAAGGCAAAUAAGCUAACUCCUGGAUUGAAGUGCCUGCAUUCUGUUGGUUGCCAUUUGUGAGCUUCUCACACUUCAUGAGCCAUAUACUUUUCCAGAAGAUGCAAUUUUAAAAGCUCUUGACGCUACAUUUUAAGCAUUUAAAAGGUUUACAAAGCAGAAGUGUAGCAAAAUUACGUCAAGCUUUUUACAUGCUUACUGGCAAGGCAUAGGCCUAAUCUGCACUAGCAGCAGCAUAAGGAGGUUGAAUUUUGAGGUUCAGUGUACCAUUUUAGAAUGCUCACUCGUGUUAAGAAAUCUCCCUGCAAAUAGAAAUCUAGUAUAUUGGGAGAAGGUUCAAGUCAACUUCAUUCCCUGAUCUGCUCCUUUUCUACAUAUAAACUUUUUUUAAAAUGGCAUCCCAUUUGUAGAUCGGAAAAGUGUUGUGAUUUUUACUACCAUAAAAUUCUACCUCCUCAUUCUUCUGUGUAUAGACCCUAAAUCAAAAUGGCUGGUUUGGGGAGGAGAGCUGGCGGAAACCUAAUGAAUGUGGUAUAUUUUGCUAUUCCUCAGUAAUUCCAUUAAACUACAUGAUUUUUCGAAUGCCAGAAAUUAAGCCAUUUUAAAACAGCCAGCCUUUUGUAGAACAUGCAUGGUUCCAUCUCUUUGUGCAGAAUCUUUAAAGAUAAUAAUAAUAAACACAGACGACAAUUAUCUUGCACUAAAUAAACUUGAAGUGUAAACUCUUUAUCAUGGUUCAGCUACCUCUUUCUGUAAAAUUGGUUUUUUUAUUAUUUUUCAGUUCAGGUUUGUUAUCGUUUGAGAUGUUAUUUUCAUAGUCUAGCAAAAUUGUGCAUUAGGGUUUACUAAUGAUGACAUCAGCAUUGAUGCUUUGUGUGAGUAGUGAUUUUGCUCAAUAAAUACUAUUUAUGUUGACUCUGUAA